CUGUGGCGGUUUGGCUCAUGAGGUGAGCGGGGCUUUUGUAGGUUUGCUAACUAGCGAAGUAUAGUUCUUCGUGUUUAGUGUCUUCCUCGUAUCAAAGCGAGGGCUGAAUUACGCUUUAGGCCUCUGACUUGGUUUUAUAUAAAUUAUUCAGUCUUCUGCGCGUCUUGCCCUUUUGUGUGGAGGCAAAGUGAAGCGGUUAGUUUGAAGAAGAAGAAGAAUGGCCGACUGGGACGCUUAUUACCGCAACGAAGAUGAUGAGGUUGAACAAGAAGAGGGCGAAGAAUCUGCAGGCGAUUACAAAUACAGUGGGCGUGACAGCUUGGUGUUCUUAGUGGAUGCGUCCAAAGAAAUGUUCGUCAAGGGUGAAGAUGGAGAGCCCUCCAACUUUGACAUGACCAUGCAGUGUGUUCGCAGUGUGUACACCAGUAAAAUCAUCAGUAGUGACAAAGACCUGGUUGCGCUGGUGUUUUAUGGAACUGAGCAGAGCAAGAACCCCAGGAACUCCUUCAAACAUGUCUAUGUUUAUCAUGAUCUGGAUUCACCAGGUGCCCGCCGGGUGCAAGACAUCGACAGCCUUCGGGGAGAGAAAGGAGCUCAGCUGGCUGCUGAGACCAUGGGCAGUGGAGAGACGUCCCUUGGAGAUGCUCUGUGGUGCUGCUCCAACCUAUACAGUGACAUUAAACUGCGGCUCUCUCACAAACGCCUCAUGAUUUUUACCUGCAGAGAUGACCCUCAUGGAGGAGACGGUACACAAGACAGACAGGCUCGCACUAAGGCAGCAGACCUUAAAGAGACAGGGGUGGUAAUAGACUUGAUGCAUCUUAACAAGCCUGGGGGAUUUGAUGUUUCCCUCUUCUUCUGUGAUGUUGUAAGCCCCCCUGAGGAUGACAGUGAGCUUGGGUUGCAGCUCGAGCCUUGUGGGAAACUCGAGGACCUACAGAAGAGGGUCAGGGCUAAAGAGAUGAAGAAAAGAGCUCAGAGUAGGUUGACUUUUUCUAUGGGAGAGGGGAUGAACAUAGCUGUAGGUUUAUAUGUGCUCGCUAGGACAGCCACCAAACCUCCUGCUGUCAGACUGUACAGAGAAACCAAUGAGCCUGUUCGCACUAAGACCCGUCUCUUCCACACCCAAAACGGAAGCCUGCUUCUGCCUAGCGACACCAAGAGAGCCCAGGUUUAUGGAAACAAACAAAUAGUGAUGGAGAAGGAUGAGGUAGAUGAGAUCAAAAAGUUUGAUGAUCCAGGUCUAGUUCUAAUGGGAUUUAAGCCAAUGGAUCGUUUGAAAUUGCACCACCACAUACGGCCUACAUUGUUUGUAUAUCCCGAAGAGGAUCAAGUCACAGGGAGUUCCUGUGUGUUCACAGCUCUGCUUCAGAAGUGCAGUGAAAAGAACGUGUUUGCAUUGUGCAAAUACACUCCACGACGCAACAGCCCACCACGUUUUGUGGCCUUAGUACCCCAGAGAGAGGUUCUGGAUGGUCAGGCCCAGGCUGUCCCCCCAGGUUUUCAUGCCAUUUUCCUACCCUAUGCUGAUGAUAUACGCACUCUGGAUGUCCAUGAGUGUCCUACAGCCUCUGAUGAGCAGGUUCAGAAGAUGAAAGAGAUUGUUCACAAACUUCGUUUCAAAUACAGGAGUGAUGCAUUUGAAAAUCCAGUUCUGCAGCAGCACUACAGGAAUCUGGAGGCCCUAGCCCUUGAUAUGCUGGCACCUGAAGCCAUUGAAGACUUUACAAUGCCAAAGGUACAAAUGAUGGAUGAGCGCCUUGGUCCUCUUGUUCAGGAAUUCAAAGAUUUGGUCUAUCCAGCUGACUAUAACCCAGAAGGCAAAACUGCAGUCAAACGUAAACCAGCUGAGGCUGGAGGAGGAGCUGACAAGAAGCCAAAAGUUGAAAUCUCGGAAGAUGAGCUGCGAACCCAUAUGCAGAAGGGCACCUUGGGCAAGCUGACUGUACCUGUGCUAAAAGAUGCUUGCAAACAAUUUGGAGUACGAACAACAGGCACCAAGAAACAGGAGCUUAUAGAUGCCCUGAUUGCACAGCUAUCUACAUAACCUGGUGUGGAAGUGGUUCAUGUUAUUUUUUCCUUUAGCCUCAGCUUCUUUAACAUGCAGUGCAUUACUAUGGACAUUGUAAUUUAAUGAGCCCUUUUGCUGUUUGAUGGGGGGAAUUGUUAUGAUGCAAAAUACUACUACACUUAAUUUUUUACCUACUGUCAUUAUGGUUUGAAGGGCUUUAUAAUACCAAAGUAACUUUGCCUCAACACUUUAAUAAUGAAAAACAUUUUACUUUUGCUUGCAAUUAUAUGCACUCCAUGAUAUACUUUGAAGUACAAUGUAGAUAGGUUGAGUGAAUUUUGAAAAGCAGAAAGUUGCUGAAGAGUACAAAAUCAAAGGAAACUGAACAUGCAAGUUUGUAAAAUAAUGGUUACAUAUUGUUGCUGUAAUUAAAAUGUCUUAAUUCAGG